AUGGGCCAGAACACGAUCUUCGGCUGUUCUUCGGCCGGCCACAGCGGCAUCAAUCAACUAGGCGGUGUCUACGUGAACGGCCGGCCGUUACCGGACUCGACCCGCCAAAAAAUCGUCGAACUCGCGCACAGUGGUGCCAGACCGUGCGACAUUUCCAGGAUCCUCCAGGUCUCCAACGGCUGCGUGUCGAAGAUUCUCGGCAGGUAUUAUGAGACGGGGUCCAUCAAGCCGAGGGCGAUCGGUGGAUCGAAACCGAGAGUAGCCACCACUCCAGUGGUCAACAAGAUCGCUGAUUUCAAGAGGGAGUGCCCUUCUAUUUUCGCUUGGGAGAUCAGGGAUCGGUUGCUGUCGGAAGGAGUGUGCAACAACGACAAUAUCCCCAGUGACUGGUCUGACAUGCUGACGAUCGUGUGUGCUGUAGACAUUUUCAAUCUAUUAGCAGCAUUAGCUUGUAUUGCAGAAGUGGCAGAAGGCAGAAGGAAUUUCAAUAAGGGAUGA